UGUGUCAUAUUUUACUGCUCUUUGUCAGCUAGUGACUGUUUAACUCUUCACCUCUGCUGAUCAGAGAGAGAGAGAGAGGGGAGGAAGAGGCGUGCCUUUCGCUCUCUCUCUCUCUCUCUCUCUCUCUCUCUCUCUCUCUCUCUCUCUCUCUCUCUCUCUCUCUCGUCUCCACUGAUCGCCAGCACAGAAGAGUUGAUCUGCUGUUCAGCUCCAUCAUGACGUCAGCGGCUCCACAGAAGCGCAUGGUAUCAUCCGUCUUCAUAACAUUGGCAUCCCCGUCCAGAGCCACAGUCACUCCCACUGCACACGCCCAGCACAGCCCAGCCCGAGCCCAGAGCACAGCCCCCGGGGGUCCCUGCAGAACACGCACACACGUAAAGUGUGUUUUCUGGGUGUCUGUAGUUGUGAGUGGUGUUCCUCCUGCCCCCCGCGACCCCUGUGACCCCAAGCGUGACCUGUCUGGUGGCCCAGCUGAGGACGGAGCUGUGCUGAGAUCAGCGCCCUCUGCUGGAGGAGAAGACAAGCAGCAGACAGACAUACACACAGACACACACUGCAGUGAUGUGUGUGGGUUCUGCCGUAAGCAGGUGUCUCCCUGUGAGUCGGCCAUUGUGGCUCUGAACCGCUGCUAUCACUCUGGCUGUUUCCAGUGUCGUCAGUGCUGCGCCCCUCUGGCCGGAAGACAGUACUACAGCCGCUCCGGCCUGCCACUGUGUGAAGCCUGCCAUCAGGCCAGUCUGGAGCCCUGCUGGGCCUGUGGUGAUGUCAUCAAAGACCAUGUGAUCCGAGCACUGGAACGAGCCUAUCACCCGCCCUGCUUCAUCUGCACCACCUGCCGACAGCCAAUUGGAGAGCAGCGAUUCGCACAGGGGGAAGUGGGAGAGGUGUACUGCCUGCAGGACUACUACAGGAAGUACGCUCCUCAGUGUGGUGUGUGUGGGCUGAUGAUCAUCCCGCGGGACGACGGAACCGACAGCUUCACCGUCGAGUGUUUGGGUCGCUCGUACCAUGAAGACUGCUACCGCUGUCAGGUGUGUGCGGUUCUGCUGUCCCCGGAGCCGGAUGAGCGAGGCUGCCACCCGCUGGACGGACAGAUGCUCUGCAGGGCCUGCCACAGCGCACUGAUCCACUGAACACACUGCACUGGGAGAACACACGCACACGCGCACACACGCACACACACACACACACACACACACACACACACACAAGACAGAGAGCAAAUAUCUAUUACUCAGAAUAUGUUUAUCUCAGAUCUGUCUGCUGGUUUUUCUUGUCCCUCUGUUCAUUCAAUCCUUUUCCUUCAGUUUAGUCCCUUUAUUCAUCAGGGGUCACCACAGAGGAAUGAACCGACAACUACUCCAGCAUAUGUUUUACACAGCGGAUGCCCUUCCAGCACUAGGAAACACCCAUAGACACUCAUUCACACACACACACACACACACUCUCAUACACUACGGCCAGUUUAGUUGAUCAGUUCCCCUAUAGCACAUGUGUUUGGACUGUGGGGGAAACCGGAGCACCCGGAGGAAACCCACACCAACACGGGGAGAACAUGCAAACUCCACACAGAAGCGUCCGUCUGUUUAUAUUUGUCAAUUCCAGCUCUUUCUGCCAGAUAUAAGUGUGUCAUCGUGAGUUUGCGUGAGUUUGAGUUGGCGGAUUAAAGGUUGUGGAUCUUCAACAGCUGUGUCUGAUGUAAAAUAAACCACUAAUACAGAGAGAGAGAGUGGUCUGCUGCUGUGUGCGCUCACCGCCUCAUUCCCAGCCGACGCUUUAGACAAUCUGAUCUGAGCCAUCCUAUAAACAUGAGGGCGGGGUUCACAGCGCACAGUGAUUGGCUGAUGGGAAGGGGAGGAGUCUCUGAGAUUUGUUCAAUAACAUUGUAAAGCACAAUAUUAUGUUGCCGUAUUCAAAUAAAGAUUUAUAAAUGCCGA